AUGUCUUCCGACCAUUCUGAGAAGGGACCCAAGCCGUAUACCAAAGAGUACGACAGAGAUGGCUCUGAAGUCGAGUCCGCUUCUGGCCCUCAGGGCGAGGGCCCCCUCAAGCGUCAACUCAAGAACAGACACAUCGCCAUGAUCAGUAUUGGCGGUGUCAUCGGUACCGGUCUAUUUGUCGGUACUGCCAACUCCUUGGCCGCUGGAGGUCCAAUCGGGUUGCUCCUCGGUUACACCGUCAUGGGUUCUAUCGUAUAUAGCGUCAUGAUAUCUCUCGGAGAAAUGGUUGCUUUCCUCCCUAUACCCGGUGGCCACAUUAAGCUCGCCGAUCGCUUUGGUCAUCGCGCCCUGUCGUUUGCUAUGGGUUGGAAUUACUGGUAUAACUGGACUAUCGUCUCCGAGUUAUCUGCCGCUGCGCUUUUGAUUGAUUACUGGUCCCACGAGAAAGUCAACAACUCGGCAUGGGUCGCUAUAUGCCUUGUAGUGGUCGUCACUAUCAACAUGUUUGGAGCUGGUGCCUACGGUGAAGCCGAGUUCAUCUUUGCCUCGAUCAAGGUCAUCACCAUCACUGGCCUUAUCAUCUUGGGUAUUGUGCUUGACCUUGGUGGUGGUCCGAACCACGACCGCAUCGGUUUCCGCUACUGGAUCGACCCGGGUCCCUUCACGCAGUACAAAGGCAUCUCUGGUUCCAAGGGUCAAUUCUUGGGCUGGUGGGCCGUUAUGACCCAGGCUGCAUACUCUUUCAUCGGUACUGAGAUCGUCGCUAUCGCUGCUGGUGAAGCCAAGAACCCCCGUCGUAACUUGCCCAAGGCUAUCCGUCGAGUGUAUAUCCGUAUCUUGCUCUUCUAUAUUGGCGGUGUUAUCAUCAUUGGUCUUCUCGUCCCCUCCAGCGACCCUCGUCUCUCCUUGAACCAAUCUACCGCUGCUGGCUCUCCCUUCGUUCUUGCCAUCAGCAACGCUGGCAUUAAGUACUUGCCUUCGAUCAUCAACGCGGCCUUGUUGACCUCUGCAUGGUCUGCUGCAUCCAGUGAUCUGUACACGUCCUCUCGCGCCAUCUAUGGUCUUGCUGCUUCCGGCAAUGCGCCAAAGAUUUUCCUGAAGACAUCGAAAUCAGGUCUCCCUUACGUUGCCGUUAUUUUCUGCGCGUCCUUCUCCCUACUCGCCUUCAUGGCCGUCUCCGAGAACGCAGGUCAGGUCUUCAACUGGUUCGCCAACAUGACCUCCAUCGCUGGCAUGAUGACCUGGUUCGGUAUCUGCGUCACAUACAUCCGUUUCUACAAGGGCAUGCAGUACCACGGCAUUGAUCGCAAGACCCUCCCUUAUUGGACCCGCUUCCAGCCUUUCCCUGCCUGGUAUGGUGCAUUCACCACCAUUAUCAUUGUCUUCUUCGGUGGCUUCGAAGUCUUCCUCAAGGGUGGAUGGAAUGUCGCUACGUUCGUCACCACUUAUCUUCCUUUCAUCGGUUUCUUCAUCCUUUGGGGUGCAUCCGCCGCGUGGUACCGUACUGGCCUCAAGACGCCCGAGGAAAUGGAUUUCGUCAGCGAUCUCGCCCAAAUCGAAGCAGAUGAAGUCGACGAACCCCCUCCGAAUAACGCCUGGGAGCGUUUCUGGGCAUGGCUCGUGAGUUACUUUUUGGCAUAA